AGGCGCUGGUCGAGAUUGUCCCUUCUCUCCGUGAUUAUGAAUGAUCUUGAGGUCAGAGUUGAAUGUUUGACAGAAAGCUAAAUAUGGAUUCCAUAUUUCAUGAGAAACAAGAGGGCUCUCUUUGCGCCCAACACUGUCUGAACAACCUCCUGCAGGGUGAGUAUUUCACUCCUGUGGAUCUGUCCUCCAUCGCUCACCAGCUUGAUGAAGAGGAGAGGAUGAGGAUGGCGGAGGGAGGUAUGGCCAGUGAGGAGUAUAGGACCUUCUUGCAGCAACCAUCUGGCAACAUGGAUGACAGCGGAUUCUUUUCAAUUCAAGUAAUUAGCAAUGCACUGAGAGUCUGGGGCUUGGAGCUAAUCCUGUUCAACAGCCGGGAGUACCAGAGCCUGAUGAUCAAUCCUAUAAAUGAGAAGGCCUUCAUUUGCAACUACAAGGAGCACUGGUUUACUAUACGCAAACUAGGACAACAGUGGUUUAACCUGAAUUCACUGCUGACUGGACCAGAGUUGAUAUCAGACACCUAUCUAGCCCUUUUCCUUGCUCAGUUACAACUAGAAGGUUAUUCCAUAUUUGUGAUCCGUGGAAACCUCCCUGAGUGUGAAGCAGAGCAGAUUUUAGGGAUCAUGAGGGUGCAUCAGCAGCAGCGACCAAAGCUUAUCGGAGAGGAUGAAGCCCAGACCAGUGCUGGCAGGUCGGCAGCUCAGAGCCAGGCGGAUAUGACCUUUGCUGUGGAGGACGAGGUUGUAGAUGAAGACGAAGAGCUGAAGAAAGCUCUGGCACUCAGCAGACAGGACAUAGAUGUGGAAGAUGAAGAAGCUGAUCUCCGCAGAGCCAUACAGCUCAGCAUGCAAGGAGCCGUGAUGAGCAACAAGUCCUCUGAGUCUGAAAUGGGAAACAUGAAAUUGGCAAGCCAGGCAGCAGGGAGUUCUACCGGAGGACAGAGAGCCGGCCAGAAUGAGGCGCUCACAGCUGAAGAACUGCGGAAGAGGAGACAAGCCUAUUUUGAUCGGCAGCAGCAACAAGCUCAGUCCAACAUUCCUCAGCAACCGGACCCAAAAUCAUCAGGUGGUUCAGGAUCAGUGAACCCUGGCUCUGAAGAAGACCAACAACAAAAGCCCAGCCAGUGAAAGUGUGCACUGUUUGCCUAUGUUGUUUACCAGCUGCCAGGAUUGGCAACCCCGUACAGGGGAAGCUUUGCUCCUUCCUCUAACCUUCUGCACAUGCGAACAUAAGGACAGUCAGAAGGCUGACGCGUUUCCCCUGGUUAGUUCGCUGACAGGCAAUAGAGAAGAGAACAACGAUGAGGAAAAGGCAGCAGUUAGUGUAAUCUAACUCAGCGAGACACUGACGCUGGGAAAAGGGUGACCACAGAACCCACGAUGCAGUUAAUCCAAGUUUGCAUUUGCCUUUUUGCCAU